CUGCAUUUGUCACGUGCUUGUAUCCGCCCAGAUCUGCUGGAGACCUCAGAAGGUGUGCAUUAUUUCAUACAAGAGUUGAACCUGUAGAUUUAUUCUAACAUGGCAUCGUAUGAGGAAGUCCGUGUGCACGGCUAUGAAGAGUUCAGCCAAGCUGUGGCUGAGAGAAAAGGAAAAGAUGUCUUCGUGUAUUUCACUGGGGAUAAAGAUGAGCAGGGGAAGAGCUGGUGUCCAGACUGUGUGAAAGCUGAGCCGGUGGUUCGAGGGGAAAUGGCUCAUCUUCCUGAAGGCUCCGUCUUCAUUUACUGCCAAGUAGGAGACCGACCAUACUGGAAAGAUCCGAACAACGACUUUAAGAAGACUCUGAAGCUGACUGGAGUUCCUACUCUCCUUCGCUAUGGCACACCGCAGAAGCUGGUGGAGGAACAGUGUUUCAAACCCGACCUGGUACGGUUGAUGUUCACAGAAGAUUAAUGCCUCAUGCUGGUGCUUAAUACCUACUGUAAUGUUAUAUUCAAAAGAUUUUGAUUUAACAUUGGUCUUUUUUAGUGCUUCGCUCCCAUAUGAUCAGACUCUGUGUGUGUUCACUGUGAGCUAUAAAGCAAAGUCUUGUUCUGUAUCUGAAAUGUACUUAAAGCCAUGAUUGUUUAGAAAAAGCCAGUAUGUGCUUACAAAAGUCUUACGCUUUCAGCCGUGACAAUUUCCUGCUCAAACUAACCACGGAAAUUAUGCACUAUUAUUUGUGAAAAUAGGAUGUUGACUGUAAUUGUUUACAAAGUAAAAUAAACAGUUGAUGGUA